AUGUCGAUAUACGACAGAACAGUCAGUACGCAUCGCACGCAUAAUCAGCGUUUCGGAUAUCCGUUUUUCCUUCUGGAGACAACUGUCCUUGAGGGUGUGUGGAACAAAUACGCAAUACUCUUGUCCGUGUUGUUACAAGAGCUGCAGAAACCACUCAACAAAAGGCUCGAAUGGUUAUUUACAUCGCUCCAUCGUGGCAUGCUAAUGACGUCGCUGCAUAGCUGGUUUGACGCAGAUACAGUCAUAUUGAAUCCGAAUAUACCUCUAGAGAUAUUUUUGCCACCGAGUCGACAUGAUGAUGUCCACUUACUGCUCACCAAAGACUGGAAUGGGAUGAAUAACGGAGUGUUCCCACUACGUGUAAACUCUUGGUCUGUUGAAUUGCUCUCCGCGGCCUUGGCGUAUCCAGUUACACGGCCAGAUGUUGCACUUUUCUGGCCCGAUCAAUCCGCAUUGGAUCGUGUGCUGCACGAGAACCAGUACUUUGCCGCAUCUGUUGCAUAUUGCCCGCUGCGAUGGUUCAACGCAUAUAUGGCUUCGGCAGACGGAAAAUCGCUGAAUCCGGACUCGCCGGAGCAACUCCAGGUUCAUCGCGGGGAUCUGCUCGUUCACUUUCCGGGGACCCCGCGGAGCGCGCUAGAAAGUACUCUUCAGCCGUAUCUUGUCCUGGCAAAUGAGCACUUAGGCGAAUGGGAACUGCGCUUGGAGGACACGCAGUACUUGAAAGAGACCAGAGACUUUUGGGCCAGUCGGAUAUCGGAUGUGGCCACGCAGGCGGAUGUCAAGACUGAGAAUGAAUAUUAA